CCAAAUGUCCACCCGCUGCACCAUCGACCCCCAAACCUCCAUCCCGCUCGCCAUCGCCCGACUCCCCAAAUGGCGCUGGCUGAUCCACCAACGCGGGUACGCGAACGUUCUUCCGCCCCGGGACCUGCGCAUCGGAGGCCAACUCCACCCCGAUGCGGAACGGGUUCCGAUUGCGGGCGACGAGGAUGCCGUGUACGGUGUGCUGUAUGAUAUGGGGGUCGAGGAUGAGCGUAUCUUGGAUGGCUAUGAGGGGGUUGAUUGGGAUGCGCCUGUGGCGAAGGGGGGGAAGGAGGGCUUGGGGGUGGAUGUGAGGCCCAGGGAGCAGGGGAGGGGGUCGUAUAAUAAGUGGGUGGUGGAGGCGGAGGUGGUUAAGUGGGUUGUUGUUGGUGGCGGGGGUGAGAGGGAGAAGAGGGAGACUGUUGUGCCGGUGUUGGUGUAUGUUGAUGAGAAGAGAGUGACCAUGGGACCGCCCCAGAAGGAGUAUAUUCCUCGGAUGAAUCGCGCGAUUCGGGAGUCCGUGGAGCUGGGGUUGCCGGCACAGUGGGCUGAGGAGGUUAUGAGGCCGUCCAUUCCGCUGAUGUGAGUAUCUUAGAGUGGUGC